AUGUGGCCAGGUUCACUUUUCGUCGCCGCUGUUCACCUUGCAUCGGGUGUUCAGGGGCUUGCUGUUAGCUCGAGGGAUGUCCUCAACGACGCUCAACUGACUUCCGAAGCCAUUGGCGAUUUCGCAGCAGUUAAGUUCGCGAGUGCGACGGACACAGUUUCGUCCACAUCGGGGGUUGAUUGCAAAUCCUUCCCAGGGGACGAAUCAUGGCCCAAAGAAACCGAAUGGUCACGCCUCAACAAGACACUGGGGGGCGCUCUCUUGAAUCCCCUCCCGCCCGCGUCCGCGUGCUACAGCACAUCACCCAACUUCAAUGCCCAAACCUGCAGAUUUCUCCUGGACAACGCCGGCAGUACCAGCUUUUAUCUCGAUGAUCCUCUCACGGUCUUGACACAAUGGCCCCAGGGCAACACGUGCCUCAUCUCCCGAAACCCAACCGGCAACUGUACUCGUGGGGGGUUCCCCGUCUACGUGGUCAACGCGACGAGUGUCAAACAAGUCCAGGCAGCGGUCAAUUUCGCGAGAAACAAGAACGUUCGUCUCGUGAUCAAGAACACCGGACACGACUUCGGCGGACGGAACACAGGGGCGGGCUCCCUUAGCGUUUGGACACACUAUCUGAAGGGCUUCGAGUUCCUCCCCAACUACAAACAGCCCGGGGGAAAUUAUCGAGGCCCAGCUGCCGUGGUGAGUGCCGGAUUGCAAGUUUGGGAAGUCUUUCGGCACGCCGAACGAUACAAUGUCACGCUGCCAGCAGCGUCCUGUCUCACGGUCGGGUCGUACGGCGGUUGGAUGACGGGAGGAGGUCACUCUCCCCUAAGCUCAAAAUUCGGUUUGGGAGUCGACCAGGUUUUGUCUCUGCAGAUAGUCACGGCCGAUGGGCGAUAUGUGACAGCAGACCCGAAGACGAACCAGGACCUGUUUUUCGCGAUGAGAGGCGGCGGCGGCAGUACUUACGGGGUAGUCACUUCGGCCAUCGUCAAGGCGCAUCCCCAGAUCAACCUGACAAUCGCGAGCUUCAACUUCGCCCUCGGCAAGACAGCAUCGACCACUCCGGGCCGCGACGUCACAAUCACUGACCUCGAGACAUUUUGGAGAGGAUUUAACGAGGUCUUCGCAUUUGGAGUCCCAACCGCCGAUGCCGGUGGUUAUCUCUGGACAUACGGCAUCCCGACGGGUGAAAACCGCUACCAGAUGCAGGUACAGGUGCAGAUGCCCGGUUUGACCCCGGAAGAGGCAGCCGCCUUCGUACAGCCGCUGCUACAUACCCUAAACGACCUCGGGAUCCCCGUCGCCAUCACAACGCCAACGACCAGCGUGUACAGCAGCCAAACCGGAAGCACGGGCGGUCAACCGGCCAACGGCUAUUUUUCCUCUCGCCUGUUCCCGCGGUCCUCAUUCGAAAACGCCACCCUCUUCUCCGCAGCCAUGACAGCGGCCCGGGGGACGGUCGAGGCCGGGUACACAUUCCACGGCCUCAACAUGGCGCCGACGCUCAAGGUCGCCGGCUACCCCGCACCGGCCGGCCUGAACCCCGUGUGGCGCGAUGUCGUCAUGCACGCGGACGUGUUCGCAAGGAUCAACAUGGGCACGCUGACGCCCGCCGAAGGCGCUGCCGAGCAGCGGCGGCUCGACGGAUACAUGGAGCCUCUCCGUGCGGCGACCCCUGGCGGCGGUGCCUACUUGAACGAGGCGGACGUGCUGGAGCCGGACUGGCAGCACAGCUUCUUCGGAUCCAACUAUGACAAGCUGGCGCGCAUCAAGCGCGAGCGGGACCCGUGGCACGUCUUUUGGGCGCCGACGACGCCUGGUAGCGAGGCGUGGGCGGUCCGGACGUCUAGCGAGCUGCCGACGCAGAACGGCCGGCUUUGCCGCGUGUAGAGGGGCGUUUUCUGUGUGGCUGCGGUCUGGAAGACGAGCGGCUACUAAAGUACACGGGCUGGGUGCAAUCAGUGUCAUGACGUCAGUUGAAUCUUGAGAGUGCCAGCCUUCAUCCGUUGUGUGUUGCUCCCGAGUGUGGGUACUAGUAGCCCAUUGGCAAACCCCCGGGAGGAGGCAUAAAGAAGAGCGCAGGAUUCAGCAGGUUGUUGAAUUCAGAGUCCCAGUUCAAUCCAAGACCGAUGUUUGCCUGUGGCGCUUGGGGUUGCAUAUGACUUCCUGGAGAUGGCCCGUUCCAGUGUUCGUCCAAACCG